UAUUUCGCCUGUCUUCAGGUUUUAGCCGCCCAUACACGGCCCUGUUAGCAUAUAUAAUCAGCAACAAACUAUGAGGCUAGCUGUCUGUUAUGCCAUCUAUAUGGACUAGAUUCCGUUCAUUUUUCAGAGAUCAACAAUCUUUCCCCCUAGCCAUCACUAGUGCUUACAGCAGCACAGACAGUACACCAUGGCUCGCACCUUUUCGGCACUUCUUGUCUCCGCCGUCCUCCUCGCUGCAUCCAGCAUCUACUUCGGCCGUCGCGCUGGCAGCACAAACGGCAGCGCCACCGCCAGAACGCACCUACAUUUCUACAUGCACGAUGAGUACACCGGCCCAAACCCAACAGCCGCGCUCAUUGUGCCCGGCAGGGCGCCGCUUCCCGACACCGUGGGCACCUCGCGCCGGUUUGGGGACAUCGCGGUGAUGAACAACGCGCUCACGGAGGGGCCCCAGCGCGGCAGCCCACGCGUGGGCACAGCGCAGGGGUUCACCGUGCGCGUCUCGGAGCGCGGCUCCGUGAACGCCCUGAGCAUGCACUUGGUGAUGGAGGAUGGCGAGUUCGUCGGAAGCUCGCUGGUGGUGAACAGCAGGGUCGACACCGACUUGGCCAUGCGCGAGUCCGUGAUCGUCGGCGGCACCGGCCGGUUCCGGUUCGCGCGGGGCUACGCGCUCAGCCGAAGCUAUGAUUAUGACUUGGCCAAGGGCGGCAUCGUGGAGAUCGACGUGUACCUGUACUAGGUUUGCAUGGCCUCGUGCAUUCUUUCUUCCUUGUGAGUUUCGAUAGAAAACAAAUAAAGUCAUUCCUGUUGUCUGACAGUUCCCAAACUAGCUUUGAAUGGAUAUACGUGACAGUUCGCUUACUAAGAAAUUUUUAUGUUCGCUUGCAGCUGAUUGGUUCGCUCCAAUUCAGUGUUGCACAAUUUAUAUCCACCUUCACUCUACAAGAAAUGCAAAGUUUUAAUUUGUGGACUA